UUCCCAAAAUACCCUCCCAUCUAUUCUCUCCAGAAUUCAUUCAAAUCUGAAAUUUUGGUUUCGGAUCAGGCUUCUUGUGUCUGUAUCUCUCUCUCUUUCCCUGUCUGAGUGGUUUGGGUUUCACCGUUCUCAUCAGAGUUGCUCUACUCGUUCAUGGAGUUGCAGAGGCGCCAAGAUCAGUGCCUCCCGGAGAAGAAAGGUCAGAAGCGGAAACUGGAGGACGAAAUUGAAGAAGACGAUCGAGAUAUCUCUGUGCCGUCCGGCGACGUCAGGCUAGCUUUACUUUCCGAUGUCGGUGUGCAGGUUAAUAUCCUUAACUCCGCCUUCUCUUGGAACGAAGCCGAUCGCGCCGCCGCUAAGCGCGCCACUCAUGUCCUCGCUGAGCUCGCUAAGAACGAGGAGGUAGUGAACGUGAUUGUUGAAGGUGGAGCAGUUCCGGCUCUAGUAAUGCACCUUCAAGCGCCUCCGUUACUCGAGAGUGAUCGUGGUGCGAGACCAUACGAGCAUGAGGUCGAGAAAGGAAGUGCUUUUGCAUUAGGACUUCUUGCAGUAAAGCCAGAGCAUCAACAACUCAUUGUUGACACGGGUGCUUUGUCUCAUCUUGUGGAUCUAUUAAAGAGGUAUAGGAAUGGUUCAAUUUCUCGGGCUGUGAAUAGUGUUAUUCGCAGAGCUGCUGAUGCCAUCACCAACCUUGCUCAUGAGAAUAGUAGCAUCAAAACACGUGUCAGGAUUGAAGGUGGAAUUCCACCAUUGGUUGAGUUGCUUGAUUUCACUGAUACAAAGGUGCAAAGAGCAGCUGCUGGAGCACUGCGAACAUUGGCAUUCAAAAAUGAUGAAAAUAAGAAUCAGAUUGUUGAAUGCAAUGCUCUUCCAACACUCAUUUUAAUGCUUCGAUCUGAGGAUGCUGCUAUACAUUAUGAAGCGGUUGGUGUGAUCGGAAAUUUGGUACAUUCCUCUCCAAAUAUAAAGAAAGAAGUUCUUCAAGCAGGUGCUCUUCAACCUGUUAUUGGGUUACUCAGUUCUUGCUGUUCGGAGAGCCAAAGAGAAGCAGCUUUGUUACUUGGUCAGUUUGCUGCAACUGAUUCAGAUUGCAAGGUUCAUAUUGUCCAGAGGGGUGCUGUCGGGCCUCUCAUUGAGAUGCUUCAAUCGCCUGAUGUACAACUGAGGGAGAUGUCAGCUUUUGCAUUGGGAAGGCUGGCACAGGAUACGCACAACCAGGCUGGUAUUGCUCACAAUGGGGGUUUAGUGCCAUUACUCAAGCUUCUUGAUUCCAAAAUUGGGUCUCUACAACAUAAUGCUGCAUUUGCUCUAUAUGGUCUUGCUGAUAAUGAGGAUAAUGUAUCCGAUUUUAUUAGGGUGGGAGGUGUGCAAAAGCUCCAGGACGGAGAGUUUAUUGUUCAAGCGACAAAGGAUUGUGUGGCAAAGACAUUAAAAAGAUUAGAGGAGAAGAUUCACGGAAGAGUUUUAAACCAUCUCUUAUACUUGAUGCGUGUUGGGGAAAAGGCAGUGCAAAGACGAGUUGCUUUGGCCCUUGCCCACCUUUGUUCUCCAGAUGAUCAGAGAAAUAUAUUCAUUGACAGCAAUGGAUUGGAAUUACUUAUUGGAAUUCUUGGUUCUACAAGCCUCAAACAGCAAAAUGAUGGUGCUGUGGCUCUGUACAAGUUGGCGAACAAAGCCAUGACUCUUUCUCCUGUAGAUGCAGCUCCCCCAUCACCUACUCCACAGGUCUAUCUAGGGGAGCAGUAUGUGAACAGUCCUACAUUGUCUGAUGUUACAUUUCUGGUUGAAGGUAGACGGUUCUAUGCUCAUAGAAUUUGCCUGCUUGCCUCUUCAGAUGCAUUCCGUGCAAUGUUUGAUGGUGGUUACCGAGAAAAGGAUGCGAGAGACAUAGAGAUUCCAAAUAUUAGAUGGGAGGUUUUCGAGUUGAUGAUGAGAUUCGUUUACACUGGAUCAAUAGAGAUUACAGUAGAUAUUGCUCAAGAUCUUCUAAGAGCUGCUGAUCAGUAUCUCUUGGAAGGGCUUAAGCGACUUUGUGAGUACACAAUUGCACAGGAUAUAUCCUUGGAAAAUGUUUCAAACAUGUACGAACUUUCGGAAGCCUUCAACGCUGCAUCUUUGAGGCACACUUGCAUUUUGUUUAUCCUUCAGCAAUUUGAAAAAUUGAGUGCUAGGCCGGGGCACGCUAUUCUAAUUCAGCGAAUAUUACCCGAGAUCCGCAUUUACUUUGGUAAAGCACUUACUAAGCCUAACCUACAUAACCAGAGGCUGUAGAUUUCCCAUCCCGUUAUUUUGAUCCCUAACAAAAUACGUUGUACAGAAAGCAGUAGAUGUUCUUGUCGUUGUUGUUGUUGUUUUUGGGCCAUUAGAAGGUUCUAAUUAUUUGUUGAUUGUAGCUUUGCUUAUAAUCCCAUUCCAAAGGCGAGAGAGCGAGUGUUCUUGCUUGUCUAAUUUUUAACGGACCUGUCUUGUCUGUAUUAGUGUCUGGACUCUGGAACGGACUGGACUUGUAGUACCACUCUUCCUCGUCUUUGCUGUCUAGUGAAUUGACAAAGUACGUGUAUUGUUUCUAUAGUUAUCUACAAUAGUCCAUUGUAUUGAA